UUUUUUUUUUUUUUUUUUGCCCUGAAUAGUCAAAGACUGACUGAAUAGAUUGAAACAAAUAUGUUGCGCGGUGCGAGAUGUUUUCGGUCUCGUCAAUUCAUCCACGGCCGUUCUCUUCUCAGUAGCAGCUCCAGUUCGAGUUCAACUUUAAGCUCAAGCUCUAGUUCAAUUUCUGAGACGAAUAAAUCUUUUUUAUUAAUAAACAAUGCUUCAAGAACAACCGGAACAGGGAAUCAUUUUUCCUCAAUCAAUUCUUUCCUUUCGGAUUCUAAUAAUUACUAUAAAAAUCAACACCGUACAGUGUUGUUUUCGACAGCUUCAACAUCGGAACCGGUUCAGAACAAGAACAAACCGGCGUUUUCUGCCGUUAGUGACAAUCAAAUUGCCGACAUGAAGAUUCUGCGGACUCUUGCGAGUUACUUGUGGAUGAAAGAUAAUGUUGAGUUUCGUUUGAGAGUAAUAACUGCUUUGGGGUUUUUAGUUGGGGCUAAAGUUUUGAAUGUUCAAGUUCCUUUUCUUUUCAAGCUCGCUGUUGAUUGGCUAACUAAUGAUAAUGUUAAUGCUAAUUCUACGCUACUAGCUCUUUUUGCUACACCAGCUGCUGUUUUAAUCGGUUAUGGGAUUGCCCGCUCGGCAGCGUCUGCUUUCAACGAACUGAGGACUGCUGUGUUCUCUAAGGUUGCGCUGCGAACAAUCCGUUCUGUAUCUAGGAAGGUGUUCUCACAUUUGCACGACCUUGACCUUCGAUAUCAUCUUAGCCGAGAAACAGGUGCUUUAAAUAGAAUAAUUGAUCGUGGUAGCCGAGGGAUAAAUUUUAUCCUCUCUUCUAUGGUUUUCAAUGUUGUACCCACCAUUUUAGAGAUAUCAAUGGUGUCAGGCAUACUGGCAUACAAAUUUGGAGCACCGUUUGCAUGGAUCACUUCACUUUCUGUUGCUGCCUAUAUUGUCUUCACAUUGUCAGUGACACAGUGGCGGACAAAGUUUAGGAAGGCCAUGAAUAAAGCUGAUAAUGAUGCAAAUACAAGGGCAAUUGAUUCGUUAAUCAAUUAUGAGACUGUUAAAUAUUUCAACAAUGAAUCUUUUGAAGCAGAAAAUUAUGACAAGUUCUUAAAGAGGUAUGAAGAUGCUGCCUUGAAAACACAAAGGAGUCUUGCUUUUCUGAAUUUUGGUCAAAAUGUGAUAUUUAGCACAGCUCUGUCUGCAGCUAUGGUCCUGUUCUAG